AUCCUGAGGAAUGGUUCUGUUACUGGGACGAUAGUUAUGCUGAUGAUAAGACUGCAGAUGCAUAUGUGUUUUCUGACCCGCCAGAGCGCUGGAAAUGUGGUAUAGUUCAUUUAGCAAAGUACAAACUUGAGUCAGAUAAGGAUCUGAAAUAUAAAGAUUUCUUCCGAGCUGUAGCCAUAUUAAUGAGGAUUCAGAAAGCAGCUGAACAGCUAGAUCUAGACUGUGGUAAGUCCUCUCCUUUGAACUCUGUGGUUCUGAAAUUUUAUGAAUAUGAAAUGGGAUAAAUUACUCAGUUAUCAGACUGAGUGUAACUAUCAAAUGAUACAGUGAAGUGAAUACUAUGAUAAGUUAAUACUGUUUAUAAUGAUAAAAUAAAUAUUUAAUUGCCAUUUAUUAUUAAUAAUUGUAAUUUUAUGAAAAAUAUGCAUUCCUCUGAUCCAUGCAUAACAAGCAGUGAAUUUUUUAUGAUUAUCAUAACCUUAAUUCAAAGAAGAUUGACCGGGUUAUUGAAGACAUGUACAUCAAAAUGAAGAAAACUGAGCAGGUAGAAAAUAUUUCAUAACUAAACCUUUAGGGAGAAUUCACUGAGUUCAUAAUACGCACACUGGAAUGCAGUGAGUUCAAUCUGAAAUCUACGACUACUAACAAAUUCAACUCUUGAGUAACAAAUUCAUUAAUGGAAUCUUGGGGUGUCACAUGACCUCUGGCUGAACUGUAGAAUUACUGUAAAAUUAUUGAACAGAAUGUGAUGCGGGUGCGUGGGUGGGUGGGUACAUAUAAAUUACAGUAGGUAGGGAACUUUGCUUUCUCUGCUCUCUCUAAACAAGAGUGGUGGAGUUAGCAAUAGGUACUAGUUAUUAAUUUAUUAACCCAGAUAAACCUGCAUGUCAUCUAGAGUACAGCUGGACAGUCCAUUCUCAGACUGCACAUGGUUUGUUGGUCCUUUUUGCUCCACAAGCCGCCUGAAUCUUGUCUGUGAAAUUCACCGCAGGAUUACACUGUUCUAAGCCUCCUUAUAGACUACAGACUGUCAGUGCACCAUAUUUACUUCAUAUGACAGUGUAAUAAAAAACAUUUUUCUGAAGUAAUGUCAGGGCCCAGUUGUUCAGAGGAUGCAUAAUGCUGGAUAAAUCUCUAUCCAGCGCAUAGCGCAAUUGGUUUCCUGGCUCAUACCUAUCCACUCACUGGAUAGUGAAAUAUACGGUGGAUAGCACUAUCCAGGUUUUGAGCAACUGGGACCAGGUGUACAGUACACCUCAGUCAUUUAAUAGAGUUGUACCUGACUGUUAGUAAGUACCUUCACUGUUUUUCUUCUAGAAAUGUUUGGAAAUGAAGGUAGUGGAGUGGUAGAAGUCUGUUUGUUUCCUUGGAGCAAAGAUACCCUUCCCACUGCUAAAGAUAUUGUUCCAUUGUUUCAUUUUCACCCUGAGCUGAGAAAAAAAACCUUGGAACAUACAAGUCUUUCAGAUGAAGAGGACGAUUGUGACGAGGAUGAAGGCAUGAGCUGGAAUGGUUUGCGAUCAUUUAUUAGUGAUGACAAAGAAAGAGCAGUAAAUUUCUUUAAGUGGCUUAAAAAAAUAUUUACGCCUUUCAUUUACAUCGGUAUUGGCUGUGAUUUAAUGAAUCCAGUUGUUUGUUUCUUGUUA